GCCAUUAAGGAUACCAUUGGAAGCAUGGUGGGCAACAAGGAUCUCGCUGACAAGGGCCGCGAGCAGUGGGCCGAGGGCGAGGGCAAGCAGAAUAUGCGGGAGACUCAGACUCGUCGUGAGGAGGAAACCCCUAACAUGCACCGCGCCGGCGACUCUGCUAACAAUGUCGGCGGCACUGCCAAGGAAAAGGUUGGCCAGGCCAUUGGCAACAAGAGCAUGGAGGCCAAAGACAACGCUGCGUACCACAACAAGCUUGUCAAGGACAAUGCCAGGUCCGGGUUUUAA